AUGUCAGAAGAAGACGAUCAUUGGAAUUUAGUUAGAUUACGUAGAUUACGUAAAGGGAGAGAAGGGGAAGAACAGUCAUCGAAGUCAGAAAUAUCUUUGGAUAGUUUGCAUGAAAGCUCCUUUGCAGGAGAGGACGACGAGGACUUCGAUGCAGAUGUCCUAUCGAACACUAGCAGUGAAGAGUCUGCACAGAUGAAUCGUAUUUACGAUUUUAGAACAUCUAAUGAAUUUAGUAAUGCUGGAGUUAAUAUUGAUCAAACUGGAGUUCCCACUAUUUCAGAGUCAUUUGAUACUUUGUCCGGCUCAAAUGUUGGCGGAACGGUAUUGCCAAGUAUGGAGGGGUCGAAACUGAAGGAUAGUACGAUAAGGAAUUCUAGCACACUAUCGGAUCAUAUCAUAGAUAAAAGUGAGGGUAAAUCUGCUAAAUUGAAGAUGUGGCAUGUUAUCAUGCUAUCUUCAUUGCUUUCCAUGACCUUUUCAUACCUCGCCCUCGAAUAUUCCCUGACUGGUGAUGUGUUGGCAGGUUUUAAAUCACAACAGUCAUUACGUAAUAAUGAAAGGAAGCUGUUGUACGGCAAUAUCGAUUUUGUUGAUAAAAAAUCUUACGAUUCAUCAAGUGACUCUUUAAGUCAGUGGGCUCCUUCAGGAAAAUACUACGUCGACUUCGACAAUCAUAUUGCAUACCCAUUAAAGGAUGAUGACCUAAUGGGCUGGAGACGAUACAAAACAGACUUAGUUAUUUUAUGGUAUACAACAAAAGCUCGAAUGAAAGACGGUUGGCACAAGAGAAUUAACAAAAUAAACGGAGGAAGAAUAAAGUUACACCUAUUUCUCAAGAAUUCUUUUAAAUCCGCUCAAGAAAGUUUAAGGGUAUUGCAUAAAGAACAGAAACGCCGCUGGAAAAGGCUCUUUGUGCUACUUCAUAAUAAAUACAGGCAAUUUUCUCCACAUAUUAAAAGGUAUUUCGAUCAUUCUUGCCAAAAAGCAAAACAAUGUUGGUCGGGAUCCAGAUUGCAGUUGCGCAAGCUUCGUUUCAAGUCAAUGAAACCAUUCCGAGUUUUUCAGUUUAAGGUUCGCAAAGAUACCAACUGGUUUGUAAAGCAGCUGAAACGGUUCGGAUUGAAAUUACAGCAUUCGAGGAUGUAUAAAGCGAUGUCAGAAUGCAGGAAAAAAAAUUAUUUUAAGUGCAAACACUAG